AUGGUUCAUGAAUUAUCGAUACAAAUAUACAAAGAAAUAGACACGAUUAUAUCUGGCAGAAUAGAGAUUCGAGGCACUAAAGCUACCGUGAUUUCUCGCCGGAAAUUAAUCCAGGAUCCCGUUAUUGAAGAACACAUAUUUGUAACUCAUCAUGAUCGUGCGAAGAUUUCUUUAGGCGAAACGAUCCAAAUAUCGCAGCUUGCGUUGGAAGAUCAUCAGAACAUUAAAAUAAAAGCCAUUGAAUUAGUUGAAGAUAUCGAUAAUGUAACAUUGGAAGAAUUAUCAUCUCCGCUGUUAAUUAAAGCUUUUAAUGAUAUGCCACUAAUACAGGCAAAUGUUACUUUAUUAACAUCAUCGAGUCGUUUCAGUUCAGCAGAAUUGCCACAAAAUGUUACAAUCGCAGAUUUAAAUGCAUCUUUAGAUGAUAAAGUGUUAAUAGCUGUUGGAUUCAAUCUUUUGACGAAACAAAUCUCGUUAGAAAAACUUUUACCACUCAUAAGAGAAGGUGGAUAUCUGUUGACAUACGAAAAGUACAACAUAAUUAACUAUGAAAAAUAUUUGCAGUAAUACGAAUUAAAUAUUAUUCUUGAAAAGUGCACUGAUACGGAAGUAAUUAUACUUUUGAAGAAAAAAGUUGAGAUAAAAAAGACGACUGUUGUCUAUAUAGAUAAUAACAAUUUUAAUUGGCUCCAAAAAUUAAAAUUACUUUUGAAUGAUGAGAAUCAACUUGUUAAAAACAGUAGAAUCAUAAUUGUUGGAGAAAAAGACUUUGAGUGCGGUUUGCUAGGCUUCAUUAACUGUUUGAGAAAAGAGUUAGGCGGCGAAUUUGUUAGAGGUGUACUUAUUCAAGAUCAGAACGCUCCUAAAUUCUCUUUACAAAAUCCCUUUUAUAUGCAACAAUUACAAAAAGACAUGACUAUUAAUGUUUUGCGCUCUAAUAAAAUCUGGGGAUCUUACAGGCAUUUACAAUUACCGCGUGCAGAAGCCCAACUUGUACCUUCCGCUUAUGUUUGUCAAAUGGUUCAUGGUGAUCUAAGUACAUUUUGUUGGAUGGAACACGAAAUAUCUGAUUCUCGGCUCGAAGAUUUGAUACGUAUAGUUUAUUCGUCUAUCAAUUUCAGAGAUGUAAUGUUAGCUAUUGCGAAAUUAAAUUCAUUGCCGACCGCAAUGUCGCAAGAACGAUUUCAAAGUAUAUCUCUUGGAUUGGAAUAUGUAGGAUUCGAUACCAACGGACGUCGCGUAAUGGGACUUCGUGAUAACAAAUGUAUAGCAAACAUCAUUGUGAAAGACAAAGAUUUAUGUUGGAACAUACCUGAUACAUGGACAUUUGAAGAUGCUGCUACAAUCCCAUGCGUUUAUAGCACGUGUUACUUGGCUUUAUAUAUUUAUGGGAAAAUGAAGAAAGGCGAUAAAAUACUUAUACAUUCCGGUACUGGAGGCAUUGGACAAGCAGCUAUUCACCUAGCUCUUAACGAGGGAUGCGAGGUGUUUACUAUAGGUACAAUUGAAAAGCGAGAAUUUAUUAAAAGAAUGUUUCCGACUAUUACGGAUAAGUAUAUUGGAAAUUCUCGAGACACCAGUUUCGAACAAAUGAUAAUGUUGCAAACAAAUGGUUACGGCGUGGAUAUCGUGUUAAAUUCGUUGUCAGAAGAAAAACUAAUUGCGUCCGUUCGUUGUCUAGCACGAAAUGGUCGUUUCCUGGAGAUCGGCAAAUUCGAUCUUGUUUCUAACAAUCCUCUAGAUAUGAUCAUGUUUCAAAAAGGUAUUAGUUUUCAUGGAAUUCUAUUAGAAAAUAUAUUUCUGGGUUAUCACAAGCAUAAGUCUCUAUUAUCCAAAAUGAUGGCUAACGGUUUGAAAAAUUUGAUCAUUAAACUACUUCAGGUGAAAGUUUUUCCAAAAUCAGAAAUUGAAGCGGUUUUUAGAUACAUGUCAAGUGGGAAACAUAUAGGAAAGAUAAUUUUAAAGAUUCAGGAGGAAGAUCAAUCUUUGAACGAAUUUGUUAUUGCACAUCGUUGUUAUUAUUGUCUCAAUAAUAGAAGCUAUAUUAUAUUAGGAGGUCUAGGUGGAUUCGGUUUGGAGUUAACUGAUUGGCUAAUACUACGAGGCGCUAAAAACGUCGUGCUGAUUUCGCGAACUGGGAUAAAAAAUGGUUAUCAGCGCAUGAAAUUUCAAUUGUGGAGAUCUUACGGUGUAAAUGUGAUUAUUAUAAAAAAUAUCGAUACUGCCAAUCGUGAUGAUUGUGAAAAUCUUUUGCGAACUGCGGAAAAGAUAGCACCGGUGGAUGCGAUAUUCAACCUGGCCGUAGUGCUGAAGGACAACAUUUUGGAAAAUCAAACCAUCAAUACCUUUGCGGAAUCCUUCAAAUCGAAGGCCUGGGCGACGCAAAUGUUGGACAAGCUGUCUAGAAAAAUCUGUCCUAAACUACGGCAGUUUGUAGUAUUCUCUUCCGUUUCUUGCGGUAGAGGAAACACUGGACAAACUAAUUAUGGCAUGGCUAAUUCCGUCAUGGAGAGAGUGUGUGAGAAAAGGGCGAAGGAUGGAUUACCUAGACUGGCGAUUCAGUGGGGAGCUAUAGGUGACGUAGGUCUUGUCGCUGAUAUGCAAGAAGAGAAUAAGGAACUCGUUAUCGGUGGUACUUUGCAACAAAAGAUAUCUAGCUGCCUUAACGAACUCGAUACAUUUGUACUUCAAAAUCGGCCAGUUGUAAGUAGCAUGAUUGUAGCCGAAAAGAAAGCAGAAUCUUCCAGAUUUGACAAUAUGAUGAAAACUGUUGCUAAUAUUUUAAAUGUAAAGGACAUGAAAAAGAUAAGCCAAAAUACAUCUUUAUCUGAGCUUGGAAUGGAUUCUAUGAUGGUUGUGGAAAUUAAGCAAAUCCUGGAACGAGAAUUUGAUAUCUUUUUUACUGUGCAAGAAAUACGGAAUCUUACUUUCGCAAAACUUAAUGAGAUUUCCAAUGCAAACACUGGUGAUAAUAAUACGCAAAUUGAAAAUUCAAUCGAUAGGAAAUCAAAUAUUGCGAAAUUAUUCGGUAUUGUACAAGACAAAGAUUUUAUGACGAAAGUUUGUUUAGAUAUCUUUAAAAAAGAAGAAAAUACGAUCCAAGUAUUUCUUAUACCGGGAAUCGAUGGCUGUGUAACUGUAUUUAAUCACUUGGCAUCAAGCGUUAAAUUUUCGAUGACAUCGUUGCAAUGUAACACAAACAAUAUUAACGCUAUGAACACACUAUCGGAGACGAUUGACUAUCUUCUUGAGCACAUAAUCUCAAGAUUAAAAGAUAGAAGAAAUUUUGUAAUGGUAGGAUAUUCUUUCGGAUCUAUUAUCGCAAUUGAAUUAACAAGAAAAUUGGAAACUAUGAAUUUUAAAGGACAACUUGUACUUAUCGAUGGCGCUCCGGAUAGUGCAAAUAAUGUAUACGAACAUUAUAUAUCAAAUUCUAGCGACAUAGAACUUCAAAAUAACGUUUUAAUUACUAUGAUGGAAAUUUAUAAAGCAGGAUCCAGUGAAAAGGUUUUACAGGAAUUGAAGAAAUAUAAAACUUGGAAGGAGCGUUUUAAUAUUUUUGCCAAACAUUUUUUAGCAAUAAAUACAUUACUUUCACCCAUAAAUCUGAACAUGUUAUGUACAACAGUAUAUAAACAUUUAAUCAUUGCUUGACAAUAUAAUCCUUCCACAUUACCGCGUAUUAAAUCACCCAUAAUAUUGCUAAAAGCUACAUUGUCACAUGUACAUAUGAUUGAAGAGGAUUAUAGUCUACACAAGAUAUUUUGGAGAAAGUUUUGUUCAAAUGUAUAUUUAAUAAAUUAAAUUUAACAAAACUUUUUGUU